AUGUGCCCCAUUGAAUACAGACAAGGAUACAAGAGCAGAGCAACAUCUCGUGUCAUAGCUGCCGUGUACAAAGCAAAGUUUGGGAACCUGGGGAAGGGUCCUGUUGCGCGUGAUUUGCAGAAACUACUUCUGGAAGACCUAAGUGUGAAUGCUUCGUAUAUGACGUGCUAUAGGGCUAAGGAGAAAGAAAUUGUGGGUGUGCGUGGUUCUGAUGAGGACGCGUAUCUGAAGCUCCCUGAGUAUCUGUACAUGCUAAAAUUGGCAAAUCCCGGUACAAUUGCGGAUUUGGAGACAGAUUUAGACGACGAUGGCGAUGAACGUUUCCUUUACUUGUUCCUUGCAUUUGGGGCUUCAAUCAGUGGAUUUAGGAAGCUUCGCCAUGUGUUGGUGAUAGAUGGUACCCAUCUUAGCGGCAAGUACAAAGGAGUUCUCUUGACAGCUAGUGGGCAGGAUGCAAAUUUCCAGAUUUUCCCUCUAGCUUUUGCCGUUGUGGACGCUGAGGACGAGGAUGCUUGGACCUGGUUUUUGCAAAAAGUGGAGAGGAUUUUAAGCGAUUCCCCCAGUCUAGCCAUAAUAUCAGACAGGGCUGUGUGUAUUUCCAAUGCUGUGAGCAAGAUUUAUCCGCAAGCCAAACAUGGAGCUUGCAUAGUACAUUUGACAAGAAACGUAAAUUCAAGGUUCUCAAGUAAACACUUAGCAGAAUUGGUGAUGAAGACAGCCAUGGCGCAUCAGCCACGUGAGUACAAAGAUCUUUAUGGGAAGAUCAGGGCCGCUAACAGUGCAUGUGGGGUGUAUUUGGGAAAAAUAGGUACAGCUCGUUGGUCAAGAGUAAAUUUCCCGGGUGAAAGAUAUAACAUCAUGACUAGUAAUAUUGCUGAGCAGUUGAAUAAUGCGCUAUUGGAAGGUAGGGGAGUCAACAUUCUAGAGUUGAUAAAGUUCAUUCAGAGAAUGAUGACUAGGUGGUUCAGUGCGCGUAGGAGGAAGGCGGAGAAACACAGUGGCGCUGUUGCUAUAGAGGUGGACAAAGAGAUGACAAAGAACAUGGCGACUGUUAAGGGGAGUUACAUAAAUUCUGUCAAUGAGUGGACUUGUCAAAUUUUAGGAAAAUUUGGGAGGUCAGACAAGGUUAUGCUAGCGGAGAGGAAGUGUAGUUGUAAGUAUUUUGAUAAUAUCAAAAUACCCUGUGGUCAUGCAAUACUAGCAGCUAACGGGCUUGGAGUCUCAACGGAAACACUGUGCGGUCAUUGGUACAAGACAUAUGUGUGGAGGGAGACAUAUGCAGGUGUGAUAAAUCCAGAUGAAGAUCCAAGGAAUGUAGACAUACCUGAAGAAGUAAGCAAGAUGGUUGUAUACCCUCCCAUCACAAAGAGGCAGCCUGGGCGUCGUCGCAAGUCACGCAUUCCCUCGACGGGGGAGAUCAAGGUACCGAAGAAGAAGUUGAGUCAGAACAAAUGUGGGAGGUGUAGGGGGAUUGGACACAACCGCCCUAAUUGCGCUUGUCCCAUCUAG